UGUAUGUCAGUUGAACAGCGACGCCGCUGACGACGCAGGUAAAAAGCGACGCUCUCCCUUGAUCCAGAAGAGGAUUAUUACAUCUCUCAUCCGUACAUCUGAUACACAUUGUAGAAACCGGAAGAGAACGAAAAAUAAAAAAACAGAGAAAAAAACCGAAACGAAACGAAACGAAAAAGAAAAAAAAAAAAAAAAAGUCAAAAAAGAAAACUACAUCUUAUACGCAAUUAUAUAUAUUAAUUAACUAACGCGCUUAUAGAUAUAUAUAUAUAUAUUCGUACAUAAAAUACAAUAAGUUCUUAUUGAUUUACCAGAAAAAAAACAAAAUAAAAUAAAAUAAAUACCUAUAAUAAUAUUUAUAUAAAUACAUAAUACAAUAUUAACGUAUAUAUAAACGUAGUUGCAGCGAUCCGAUUCACGUAACUGAUCGCAAAAAUUUUCUAACAAUUUCGUUGUUACUGUUAUUAUUGUUAUAAGUUUUUUGGUUUUCAUUCCUUCCCCUCUCUCUGUCUCUUGUCUUUCGAAAAGAAACGAUUCGAAGAUCGAAGAUUUUCAUUGCCGAUCUCGUGUACAUACGAUAUGAGAAGUCGGAUCGGUACGAUAUAAGUGAGAAACUUUGGACCGCAAGAGAAGUAAAGCAGCUAGAAAAGGAAAAUCCACACCGCUGAAGAGAUCACAUUUUAUAUACGUGCAAUAAAUGAUAAAGUGUAACGCGCUAAGAUCAUCGAACUUUCCAUAAAUUCGUCUCUAUAGUUAUCGUAAACUUUAGUGAGAACGAUAUAAACCGUUAAUCGACUUUAUAGAUUCAUCGAUCGCUGACAACGACGAGAUAGAAAAAGAUCACGUAUUAAAUAGAAAAAAAAAAAAAAAAACUAGUUCUGCGUCGAGAUUCCGUAAUUUUUAAACCGCGAUUUAUGAAACUGCAUCUGCGCGUAUAACGGAAAAGUCGAAAGCUCGAUAUCUACUUUGUGCUGAAAAAAUUAUUUCAAAUAAAUAUAAAAGUAACAGUGAAAAAGUGCUCUUUUAGCACGUAGAGGAACCAAAAAAAAAAAAAAAACCGUAAAAAUUAAAUAAGCUACAUCAAUAAAAAUCGUGACCUUAAAAUAAACGCGAUGUCGUCCUCUUCGUGUAAUUCUUCGUCAUCUUCAGUGAAAUUCUACGCAAGGAUCACCAUUUUACUAUUUUGCGGAUUGUGCAUCGGCACAACCCAGGGAUUGAAUUGUUUCAUAUGCGGUCAGUACAACGACGGUGUCGGCAGCAUAACUCCUUGCAUAAACUACACAGCCCAGAUGCAUCUCAACGAAUGUCCAUCGACGUCAUCGUGGUGCAUCAAAUACGUCAGCGAAGGUUCCAUAGUACGAGAUUGCGUGCCGGAUUGUCACGAAAAAGAAUCCUGGAGUACGAAAACUUAUUGCUGCCAAGAAGAUGGAUGCAAUUCCGCCCCCGGAAUGACCUCCACAUCCGUUACCGUGUGCGUUCUCGCGGCGAUGCUGACUCUACUGAUUCAACAUCGCUUUAACCGUUGCUGCAAUCUUCGUGGCUAAUAUCUCCGGCCGAAAUAAACGAAAGAAAAAAACGGCAUUAUUACUAUAUUAAAAAAAACAAACAACAACAACAAUAAUAAUAAUAAUAAUAAUAAUAAUCGCAUUUAUAUAUUCACGCAAUAAACCUUAUCAUAUAUUGUAUUAUUAAUAUAUCAUUGUUAAUUAUAGUCGUUCGAAAGUUUCAGUUUUUUUUUUUCUUUCUUUUUCCUACUUGAAUUUUUCGAAAACGAAUUCCAAUCGAAUAAAUUUUUCUUUUUCUAUUUGUGUUCGUAUGAAUGAAGAAGAGAAGAAUUCUUUUUUCUAGAUAAAACGGUUGCUUCGGAUUCUUUUUUGGUUCAAUUUUGGGUUUUUGGUUUUUUUAAAUAACUACUUAUUCACCAUCGAUAAUAUUCGAAAACUCUGAAUAAUAAAAAUUAAAAAAUCUCACGCAAAAUCUGUAAAUAUAUUUAACUACAUCAAACUAUUUAAUAUAAUAUAUACACAUAUUACUUAUGUAGUACAUACAUAGUAUACAUUAUAUACCUACUAGCUUAUCACUGCAGUUUUAAGAGCGUAAAAUUAGUUUCCAUGGAAAAUCGCAUAUUCUAAAAUACACCAUAUACUGUUGUUAUUGUUAUUAUUGUUAUUAUUAUAAAUAAAGCGAUAGAAAACUACAAACCAAGAAUAAAAAAAAAAAUAUACGAGAAUGAGGGAAAGGAAAAAAAAAUGCAGAGAACAUACAGUACGUUAAAAUUAAUUAUGUAUAUAAUAAAUUAUGAUUUGAUUAGUAAAAAUCCAUAUCUGCUGGUGCACUGCAGUGUUUGUAUGAAAAGGGUGAUACGAUUACAAAAUAUUUAAUAAUUAUUGAACAAUAUUCUGCACCGACCUCUCUAUUGUACCUAUACUCAAUGGUUGUACAUACAAUCGGCGGCAUUUACUACCCCGCAUUGCGGCUGAUAUUUUUUCUUUCGUUUUUUUUUUUCUCCUGAUUUUAUUAUUCUUCAUUUUUUGCAGCUUUAUUUGUUCAAUUAUCAAAUGCAAUAACUGACAAUUGCAAGGGUUGUUGAUUUUGACGUUGUGGACGGAAAAGAGAAUUACAUUCGAAGAAUAAUAAAUUUGCUUUCGCGAAAUGAUGAAAUCGUAUCGACCCAGGGGCUAAAAUUAUCUGCACUCGUAGAAUGAUUCGAACAGUAGCAGAUUAGCAUUGUCGUUGCCAUAAGAAGUAAAAACUACAAAAAAAAAAGACAAAUAUCGUAAGCAAAAUGAAAAAUUUGAAACAUGCCUGCGAAAAAUCAGAAACGAACGAAAUGUUAUUUAUUAUACGCAGACCAAAGCAAGUCACGAUCGUUACAUACACCAUUAUUAUCCUAACUGUAUACAAUAUCAUACACCAUAAUUUAUCGAUGAUAAUAAUAAUAACAAUAAUAACAGUAAUAACAAUAAUAAUGUAAUGAUUCAUUAAAUAUAGCGUAUUUUUAAAUCUAUAAGCUUAUAUAUUAUAUAUAACUAAUAUCGUGAAAUCACUACAUACAGAUAUUAUAAUGUUGAAUGAUAUUAUUAACGAGAACGAAAGAAUUAAAAUUGAGAGAAAAUAAAUUUUAAAAUAAAAACGAAAAAACGAAUUAAAAAAGAAAAACGGAAAAAAUCAAUGAUCGCUUGAGUAGACUUUGAAAUGAGUAAUAAUAUAUAAUUUCAAAGUAAUGAUGAAAAUUCAUUGUUUCAAUUGAAACAUGACGAACAAUGUGGAUAAAUGCUUGAAAAAUGAAAAUGCAGCUGACAAUUAGUUUAAUUGAAAUAAAAUGAUUGAAAUUUAUCAAUUGCAAAUGUUUAGUAGAGACAUUCAUGAGUUCACACAGUUUGUGAAUAAUAAAUGAAUCCGAAACAAAUAGUAUCCACAAUUUGAUCGAUGAUAAGUUACUUUUAUUUCUCAUUCAAUUUUGAUAAUAUAUACAUUUAUUUUCUAUUUUUUUUCCAUUAUCACCUCUAAUCGGGUGGAUCUAAUAUCGAAUCGAAACAUGAUCACGUUACACUGUAUACUGUCCUUAUUUGCACCCAUGAAAUCAAACUAAUUGAAAACAAUUCGGAGUGAGAAUUAGAGGCGAAGAGGAAGAACGAGAAAUAGUAUGAAAACGAGAGGCGAUAUGAUAAUUGAAAAUACUGAAUAAAUAAAUGAACAAAUAAUAAAGAAAUUAAAAAAAACAUUAUUAACAAUAAUAAUUAUGAUUAAUCAAUUGAACGAUUAUUAAUUAAUGAAUAAUAUUAGUAAUCAGUACCAAAGGGCAUAGGGAUUACAUAUACAUGAAAAUAAAACUAUUAAUAAUAAAAUUAGGAUGACAUACAGACGUAUUAAAUUUAGGGGGAGAAAAAAAAAAAUUGAAAAAUAAAAAAAAACAGAAAAAGAGAACGAAACAAAAAAAUUUUUUCAGUAAUUAAAUACAUUAUACACCGAUAAUUAUAAUAUAUUUAAUGAAUACAUUAAUUUUAACGAUUAGAAAAUAGAAUUAUACAAGAUCGUGAGGAAACCUUAUAUAAAUUAAAACACUGCAUAUUCAUAUUAAAAUAUGAUUAAAUAUAUCAUGAGAUUAUUAUUAUUGAAAUUAUUAUUAUCAGUAUAUCAUUAUCAUUAUUGUUGUCAAUAUUAUCAAUAAUAAUAUUGUCAUUAUUCGCUAUUCACGCUUCAUUAGAAACAGCUUAAUCGCGACACGUUAUAAUUAUUAAUUAAAUAAUCUAUACAAUUAUUCAUUUCAUACAUAUGCAUACAUAUACACACAAAUAUUAUAUACAUUAAUAUACUUGUUACGAUAACAAAAAGGAAAAAAAAGACAAAAAAAAAAAAACUCAUUAUAUUAUUCACCUAUUCACCUAUUCGCUAUUCCUAUAUUACAUAUAGUAUAUAAUGAAAUAUAUAUGAUAUUAUACAUAAAUAAUGUAAUGAAAUUUUUUGAUCGCAUAAAAAAAGAAAGAAAAUUCCAUAUUAUUCAAUUGCGGUGAUCUUUUUUUUUCUAUUUCAUUGAAUUUAGUUCAUAACUUUCUUUCCUCUCAAUAUCUUAUAUAUCACACAAUCGUUGGGCGUGAGACGAGACAAAAGUAACGUGGAAAAAAAAAAAAAAAAAAAAAAAAACUUGAUAUAACAAGAAAAAGAAAUAUAUGCUGUUUAACUAUAUAGUUGUACAUUUAUAAUAGACCUGCAAUAAAAGAUAAUCGAAUAUUGAGUAUAUCAGAUA